AUGGAUUCUGUUCGAGAAGCAAGAACAGCCCCUACAUACCACCUACCAUCAAGGCGUCUGGUCAGCGUGGAACACCCUGCGGUGAUUCGAAACCUUGAAAAGGCUUUUAUGAACCCAAGGAGGCCUGAGACUGCGGCUAGAUUAGUCUUGCGACCGGAAGAUGCUCUGUCGCGACCCUUGAUGUCCACUAGCAGCGCAACUAACAACCUCCUGCUCAAGAUCACAGUACCAAAGCGGACUGGCCGAAAACGCAAGAGAGGCUCUAACGAGCCGUUUACUGUUCCCACCCCGGGAGAUGCCUCGAACUCUCAGCGACAGAGCUCAAAGGAACUAAUGCACUGUUUGCGUGACAACCCUUCCAAGUAUAAGAUCGAACCGAUUGGGAAGGUUGGGCGCACUCAUGUGUUUCGCAACAUGCCGGAAUUUGUUCAUUCGACCACCAACAGCGUGUUCACCCAGAAGUUUCGAGAUCAUAUCAUCCCCUAUGAUUUGGAAAAAUUGAAGGGAUUCGAUAUCGACAUGGCGAAAGGCGCUACAACAAACGCAGAUCUCAUUCCGCCACCCUCGCUGAGCAACGAACGAAUCCCAUUCUUCUAUAUGUACCGCCAAAACCCAGGUGUCAAACAGACAAUGGGCGAGUCUGGCCAAAUGAUCACAGUGAACACCCAACAAGCCGAGAAAGUUCGCACCCAUCUCAUCUCACACGAUGUCACUGAAGUUCCCAGCAAGCCUCAAGAGAGUCUCCCACCAAUCGAUACUCUUGAUAUUGGUCUGCGCGCAACGAUUGCUUUAUUGAGAAAGCUCUUCGAUCAACGACCAGCCUGGACUCGCCGCGCAAUCCGCAAUCAUCUUGAAUCAGAUGAGCAGCGCUACCUUCUUCGUCUUGCAAUUCCUUACGUGGGAUACAUCUUCCGUGCCGGGCCAUGGCGUGAUGCAAUCGUCAAGCUGGGGCUCGACCCACGCACUGAUCCUAAGUACCGAAAGUACCAGACUUUCAUGUUCCGUCUUCUCCCCCGUGAAGCCGAGCUGGAUCGUGAUAGUGGUAGUCGACGAAAUCCUUGGACACGGUUAGAUCCUGAGGUUCUUCCAGUGAGCGAAACGAGGGACAGCUAUAUCUUCACGGGAAACUUGCCUAUUCGUGCAGACGGUCGGAUUUGGAUGAUCUGCGAUAUUGUUGACCCGUUAAUUAGAGGCCUGCUUUUCCCGUCCGAGAACAAAGACCCAAGAAUACUUGACCAAGGUCCUUAUCUCCGGGAAACAUGUGAACCGGUCUCAGACGGUUGGUUCGGUAAUGGUCUUUUGGCCAAAGUGAAGGUCAUCAUGCGCACUAAGAUUGCUUCUCUGAUUGAUGGCCAAGAACCUACAAAUGAUGAUUUCUGGACGAUCGCUAAUUUCCCGAACUUCGUCGAUACGGAAAAUGAGAUCAUGACCGAUUGUCAGCUCGAUAUCAGGAACUCAUCGCCCAAGGAGGUUUCUUUGGCAACAGAGAUUCGAGCUGUUAUUAGGAGUUCCCCUGUUUGGUCUCGUGGAACUGGUAGGAAGACUGGGACUUCAAAGAAUCCAAUGGAGGACAAGAGCGAAGAUGCGACAACUUCGAAGAAGAGAAAGGCAGUCGAGGAAGACAGAGAGGAAGAUAUGGAUGAGAUGGAACAGAGUGAGGGUGAAGAGGAAGAGAUGGAGAGGGCUGAGAUGGUUGCUGCUGCUUUGGCUGCUCAGGAGGCUGCUGAGGAUGAGGCAAAUGAUGGACCGGAUCAAGAGGAUGGCGAUGCUUUUGACGAAGAUGAAGAUGACGAUGAUGAUGACGACUCGGAUGAGGAUGAUUAUGAAUGA